AUGCCUUACACGUACCAGGACUCGAGACCCCAGGCUCCCCAGCUGCCCCAGACUGCGCGGGCCACACACUCCUCUGGCAAGACAUAUGAGGAGCUGAAGCGCGAGUGCCAGCAGAAGGGAAUCCUGUUUGAGGACUGUGAUUUCCCAGCCACUGACUCCUCUCUUUUCUUCAGUGAGAGGCCAUCUAUCCCCUUUGUGUGGAAAAGGCCUGGGGACAUUGUUAAUGACCCACAGUUUAUAACUGGAGGAGCUACAAGAACUGACAUUUGUCAAGGGGAUCUUGGUGACUGCUGGCUAUUAGCAGCCAUAGCUUCACUUACUCUGAAUGACAAAACCUUAGCCAGAGUUGUACCUCAGGAUCAAAAUUUUGGACCUGGUUAUGCUGGAAUAUUUCACUUUCAGUUUUGGCAACACAGUGAGUGGCUGGAUAUCGUUAUUGAUGAUCGAUUACCAACUUUCAAGGGCCGCUUGGUUUUCCUGCACUCAGCCGAACACAAUGAAUUUUGGAGUGCUUUACUGGAGAAGGCCUAUGCCAAACUGAAUGGCAGUUAUGAAGCCCUGAAAGGAGGCAGUGCAAUAGAAGCCAUGGAAGAUUUCACUGGAGGAGUUGGAGAAAUGUAUGAAGUUAGAAAAGCCCCUGACAAUUUCCAUGACAUUUUGGAGAAAGCACUUAAGAAAGGCUCUAUGGUGGGCUGCUCCAUUGAUACUAGCAGCAUUGCUGAGUCAGAAGCUCGAACCCCUUUCGGCCUUAUAAAAGGUCAUGCAUAUUCAGUAACUGGCAUCGAUGAGGUGAGCUACCGGGGCCGGAAGGUGGAACUCAUAAGAAUAAGAAACCCAUGGGGGCAAGUGGAGUGGAAUGGCCCUUGGAGUGACAAUUCUUCUGAGUGGCGUUUGGUCAGCCCAUCUGAAAGGAAACGCUUAUGUCAGACUUCACUGGAUGAUGGGGAGUUCUGGAUGAAAUUUGAAGACUUUAAAACACAUUUUGAUAAAGUGGAGAUCUGCAACCUCACACCUGAUGCACUUGCCGGCAAUGCUGCUCAGAAGUGGGAGGUGACAGUUCACCAAGGGAGCUGGGUCCGGGGUUCUACUGCUGGAGGAUGCAGAAAUUUUCUAGAGACCUUUUGGACAAAUCCACAAAUCAAGCUAUGUUUGACAGAGAAAGAUGAUGGGCAAGAUGAAUGCACAUUUUUAGUGGCUCUGAUGCAAAAGGAUCGGCGUAAACUCAAAAAAAUAGGUGCUGAAAUGCUAACAAUUGGCUAUUCUAUUUAUGAGAGCCCUAGCUCGGAUGACCACUUGCCCAAAGACUUCUUCAGAUACCAUGCUUCCAAGGCAAGGAGCAAAACCUACAUUAAUCUAAGGGAAGUCUCUGAUCGAUUCCAGCUGCCACCUGGGGAUUAUGUUCUUAUUCCUAGCACUUUUGAGCCACACCGGGAAGCUGACUUCUGCCUGAGAAUCUUCUCUGAAAAGAAAGCCAUUACUCAGGAUCUGGAUGAAAAUGUUGCCAUUGAUCUCCCAGAGCCCCCUAAUCCAGCCGUAACCCAACAGGAAACUGAUGAGGAAAAACAAUUCCGGGCACUGUUUGAACAAAUUUCAGGAGAGGACCUGGAGAUAUCUGCAGAGGAACUUGAAAAUGUUCUGAAUGCGGUAUUGAAAAAAACAAAGAGUAUCAAAUUCAAGAAAUUAAGCCUCAUUUCAUGCAGAAACAUUAUUUCUCUUAUGGAUUCCAGUGGUAAUGGGAAGUUGGGAUUUAAUGAAUUCAAGAUUUUCUGGGAUAAACUAAAGAAGUGGAUAAACAUCUUUCUUCUUUUUGACUUGGAUAAAUCUGGAACCAUGUCCUCCUAUGAGCUUCGUAACGCCCUGAAAGCUUCAGGCUUUCAACUCAAUAAUUACCUGCUGCAGCUGAUUGUCCUGAGAUAUUCUGAUGAACAGUUCCAGAUUGAUUUUGACGAUUUCCUAAACUGCUUAAUUCGCUUAGAGAAUGCAAGCCGGGUAUUCCAGGAACUAAGCAUGAAAAACAAGGAAGUCGUUAACCUGAACAUAAGUGAGUUUAUCAGCCUGGCAAUGAACAUUUGAAGAUAUCCAGACUGGACUUCAGGAGUCUCUCAGGAUGGUGCCCAGAGAGCC